CAAUAAGCUCCUCUGGUACUUUGAAUCGAAGAUAACACGAUCGAUGGCCUCUUCCAUGUUGCCUGUGGUUCUCGUAGUGCUGUUAGUCGUCGCCGCCGCCGAGGCCGCGACGUUCACCGUGACCAACAAGUGCCAGUACACGGUGUGGGCUGCGGCCGUGCCGGCCGGCGGCGGCAGGAGGCUGGACCCGGGGCAGGCGUGGAACAUCAACGUGCCGGCGGGCACGACGGCCGGGCGCAUCUGGGCGCGCACGGGGUGCAGCUUCGACGGCGCCGGCAACGGACGGUGCCAGACGGGGGACUGCGGCGGGAAACUGCAGUGCACGCAGUACGGGCAGGCGCCCAACACGCUGGCGGAGUUCGGGCUGAACCAGUUCCAGAACCUCGACUUCUUCGACAUCUCCCUCAUCGACGGCUUCAACGUGCCCAUGAUCUUCGUGCCGGCGGGCAGCGGCGCUGGGUGCCCCAAGGGCGGGCCGCGGUGCCCCGGGAACAUCACGCCGCAGUGCCCCGGCGAGCUGCGGGCGGCGGGAGGGUGCAACAACGCGUGCACGGUGUUCAGGGAGGACCGGUACUGCUGCACCGGCUCGGCGGCCAACAACUGCGGGCCGACGGACUACUCCAGGUUCUUCAAGGGGCAGUGCUCCGACGCAUACAGCUACCCCAAGGACGACGCCAGCAGCACCUACACUUGCCCCGGCGGCACUAACUACCAGGUCAUCUUCUGCCCAUGAGCGGCCGUGGAAGUGGUCUCAAGCACACAUACAAGAAGAAUAAGUUUAUCUAAUCUUAUACCUUAAUAAAUGCAACUGGAUGCAUAUAUUGGUAUAAACAUGUAAAGCUGGUAUGGAUGUAUUCGACUACAAUAAACUCCUUCAUGAAUAUACUGCUCUUGCGUGGAA